AUGACCAGCGAGACGACGCCAUUGCGUGGCGUGCAAUAUGCUUCAGACGCCCAGAGACGCAAACGUAUUGUUGGUAUCACCGGCGUCGUCGUCGUGCUCACCGCCGUCAUUGUCGUGCUGUGGCUCACGCUCAGCGGCCACAGCUCCAGAUCCACGGACGUGACAGUUCCGAGGACACCUGAACCCGUUCCAGCGGCUGAACCAAGCACUCACGAUAACCCCCAUGCUUUCCGGGACGUGGAUGCUGUUCAGCAUGGAAACCCGCCCGUGGACGCUGUUCAUCAUGGAAACCCGCCCGUGGACGCUGUUCAGCAUGAAAACCCGCCUGUGGACGCUGUUCAGCAUGGAAAAUCGCUCUAG